AAUCCAUAAAUCCCCCCUCCCGUCUCUUCUCUUCCUCAAUUCCCAUUCCUAAACCCUAAUCCCGCUGAGAUCGCUGGUUGGGUUCUUGAUCCCGUCUCCAAUUCGAGCAUCGUGUUUCUCCUCUCCAUUGCUUGAUCCAUGAAACGCUCCAGAUGCCCAGUGAUCAAAGAGGUUUUAGGAUUCCUAGAGGCCGCUCUCAUGGGUUGCUUCUUCGCAUGCUUUAGGAUAAAAGAUGAUGAUGAUCGGAGGAAGACUCGUUUGUCUACCAGGUCGAUCCCUGUUAAGAAUAGGGAUCUUUUGGUUUCAAAGAAUCAGCUUGAUUUUGUGCCACUGUUCGAAGAGAGAGGUUCUCCAUGUAGGCAAGCAUUGCGUCCAUGUUUACAAGAAGAUUUUGAUAAAGAUAGCAUAAGCAGGGGUCUUGAGCAUGAGGUCAAAUACCUGAAAUCAUGUGGUUCACUACUUGAAACUCCUGCUGACAUCCAGAGAGUAGCAGGGAAAAUAAUUGUUCAAACUCCUAAAGUGGAUGGUGAAAAUCCAGAUUUCCAUUCUUGGCUUCCUGCAGCAUCUUGUAAGAAACUUGAAUGGGAUGAACAAUUGAGUCCAAUUUCGGAUACUCCAACCCAAGUGGAUAAUAAUUCAAAUUUUCCAGAACACAAGUCUGGAGGCUGUAACUCUGAUGAACAUUUAACUUUGACAAAGAUUGUGCAGUGUGAGGAGAUUAAGCACGUUUCUACAGUUGAGUCAGGGGUUGAAUCAGCUAUAUUGGAUAUUUCUCCAUCUGAAGCUGACAAGGUUCCAGUUCUUGGUUCUAAAGAUUCACCUUAUCCAACUCCAUUGAAUUUAACAACUGAAAUGCAGACUCCGGGAACAGUUUAUCCAACUAACCAGGAGAAUCUCAGAGCUCGGAGGAAUGGUGGGAUUCAAACACAGUAUGUGUAUCCUGUUUUAAAGCCUGUAGAGCACUUAUCUCAUUUGGAGGAACUGAGACAAGACACUUGUCUUAUUCACUUAUCUGACCAUUCUAAGCAAGAAAAGGAAAAUUUCAGUCCAGAUUCUAGAGGGAGAACACAGCAGAUUUCAUUCACUUCGGCGUCUGAGGAUUCAAAACUGUUAGACUCACCAAGCUUCUCAUCUCCAAAUAGCAAGAUAAGCCAAGACCAAAACACAAUUUCUAGGGAGGAAUCUGUCCACUGUGAAAGUCUGAAUAGCCUGAUCCCACCUUUCCAUGGCGGAAAACGUCUGAACUCCAAUGCUUAUACUCCAAAGCUUGUUGUUUCCAGUUUAUCUCAAUGGCUGAAGCCUCCACUUCCAAAGGAUGAGAUAAGGGACAUCAACAAUAUUACAGAAGAGCAACCUUGUUCUGAAAAGAGUUCUGAUGCAGACAGGCCUAUUAUUGGAAUUGUUGCUUCACACUGGAAUCCUGAUGAGCUCUCUCAUAUCUCGCCCAAGUGGUGGGAUGGAAAUGGAAUUCCAAAUACAACAACCAAGUAUAAGGAGGAUCAAAAGGUUAGUUGGCAUGCUACGCCUUUUGAAGAAAGGUUAGAGAAGGCUUUAUCAGAUGACAAGCUUCUCCCUAAAAGGAACCUUCUCAAUGGUAGACCAAUUGAGUUCGAGCACAAUGGCGAGGAAAAGAAUAAAACAGCUUUCUAGGAAAGCUUAAUCACUCACAAAUGCUUCUUAGGGUUUAUUUUGCAUGGCAAGUUAGCCAUUGAGUAUACACCUUGCUUAAAAGCAUUGUUGUGUCGUUCUAUUGAUGAUUUGCCCCCCUGUGCAUACAUGUAACCAUUCCCUGGACUGCUGCUUAUGGAAGUGAGGUUGCUGCCUGCAAUGUACAAAAGAACCUUCUUUUUUGAAUGGUUAAAUGAAUAGUUUUCA